UGUGCAAAGAAAUAACGAUGCGGUACAUGCAGUUUUGUUUGGUGAUUCUGUACAGGAAUUUGGAAGCGGCAUUAUCUCACUGCUUCAGCGUCAGCGGGAACGCACGUCGCGCCAAGCGCUCGCCGACGCCGGACCAUGCGCGCGCGCACAGUGCUCCCGCGCCGCGCCGCAACAACACGCGCAACAUGCUCAACAUGAAACUCAAGGAGCGGUUAGCGCUUACCCUUAGCGCCUUCCUCGUCCUAUUCACCAUCAUGCUGAUAGUCGACAUCCAGAUGGACUACGGCCUCUCCGGCCACAGAUUCCCUCUCCAUGGCCGCGUCAAAAUCGGCGACGACACCGACAAAGGACACUCCGCCUACAUCGAGUUUCGGAAACGAUUUCUACAGAAAAGCAACAGCAGCAACGGCUCGAAGGAGUACGAGCAGUCAGCGCCGAGCGAGACCAGCGGCGCUGAUGCGGAACCCAGGACGCCGGCGCCACCUGCUGACAGGUUCCUUGACCUCCAGAAGAUCCUGAGCUUGCAGCUUCAGGGGAAAGCGGAGGACAACCCAGUCAUAGUUGCUCCACAUAGAGACCUCAAUGUGCUGAGGCCAGAGAACCCCACUAUUGGAGAGAUGGAGGAUUUGGAGCCAAGUGUGAACGCGUCGAACUUGGAGAAGUUCCAGCUGAAGAUAGCUCAGCACGAGUUGUAUGAAGAUGGCGAGCCGCUGGUCAGUGCCAUCCUCAACGACAUGGUCACAUCGCCCAUACUGCAUGUUGAGCAAAAGGAAGGAGGGACACAGUUGAAGCUUAUCAUAGACUACCCGAACGGCGUCCAAGCACUGUUCAAGCCGAUGAGGUUCGCGCGGGAUGUCCAGACUCUGCCAAACCAUUUCUACUUCUCCGACUACGAGAGACAUAACGCUGAAAUUGCUGCCUUCCAUUUAGACAGGAUAUUAGGCUUCCGACGGGCGAUGCCAGUAGUCGGGCGCGUCCUCAACAUGACAACCGAGAUCUAUGACGUCACGGAAGGCGAUAUACUGAAGACCUUCUUUGUGUCACCAGCCAACAACUUCUGUUUUCACGGCAAAUGCUCUUACUACUGCGACACCGGGCAUGCCAUAUGCGGCAACCCUGAUAUGCUCGAAGGUAGCUUCGCCGCGUUCCUACCAGCUUCGGACUUGGCCGAGAGAAAGGUAUGGCGACACCCGUGGCGUCGGUCGUACCAUAAACGACGGAAAGCGCAGUGGGAGCAGCAGUCCGACUAUUGUGAGACGGUGCGGACAACUCCCCCCUAUGACUCCGGUCGUCGUCUGCUGGAUCUGAUGGACAUGUCCAUCUUUGAUUUCCUCACCGGCAACAUGGACAGACAUCAUUAUGAGACGUUCAAAAUGUUCGGCAACGAGACGUUUACGCUGCACCUGGACCAGGGGCGGGCGUUCGGGAAGGCCUUCCACGACGAGCUGAGCAUCCUCGCGCCGCUGCUGCAGUGCUGUCUCGUGCGGCACACCACUGUCGACGUGCUGCUGAGGCACCACAACGGCAUACCCCUCUCCAAGGCGCUCCGGGAGUCCAUGAAGGCGGACCCCGUAUCCCCCAUCCUAUGGGAACCGCACCUCGAAGCGUUGGACAGAAGGAUCGUCACCAUCCUAGAAGCUAUCAGAAAGUGUGUAGAGAAAGCGGAGAACCCGAUCGAGAACGAACUCAAUGACUUCGUAUGACCAUAGGAUUAAAGUGAUAGGGUUUUUUCCUUGUGAAAUUGUUGACCUCCACGAGUGAAUAUGAAAGUGAAUUUGUUAGAGUUUUUUUCGCAGUGAGGAACACUAAAUGAAAAAAGGUGUAUGGAAGUGAAUUUUAGGGUUUUUUCCCAAGUUUAGGAACUCUUAAAGCGAACUUUUGUGGAAUUUAUUAUUAGGGUUUUUUCCUGUGGUGAGGAACUCUAAAGUGAACUUUGUGAUAAGGGUGAGUGCAUACUGCACGUGAGGAAGGAUAAGUCAUGAUUCAAUGUAAUUUAUUUUGUAAGUAGCUCUUUUUAACUUAAGAGACUCAAGCUACAUUUUUAUUUUAGACAAAAUUUAGAUUUUUUUAUAUGUAUAUUGGACGUCAUUUUAUUUUUAAUUAGGAUAAAUCUUUCGUGCAUCUCGAUAUUUGGUUUAACUUUCUCGCUUUGCAAGAAAAAAAUUUUUUUUCUCUUUAAAAUUGUGUACGAAAUAGUAAAAAUUAAGCUAGUCCUAACCUAGCCUUGAUUUAUUAAAAUUAUUAUUAUCUUGAUAAAUUAAAGGAACAUAACUAAAUAUAUCGUGUAAUGUUAUGCGUAAUGCUAGAAUUUAUUAAUCUGGUAUAAAAUUGGCUGUUACAUUCUAAAGAUUACCGCGUUAUAAUUUUUAUUUUAUUUUGGAAUUCUUUUGUUUUUUUUUCAUUGUAUAGUGUGUAUAGACCUUUUCAUU